CAAACAAUGGGAAAUCUCAACGGGCCGUAGUUUAAGAACCGUUAACCUAAACCUCCAAUGGAGUCUCAUUAGUAGUGCUUCCAGGAAAAGAAUUGAACUAUUCGAGCGAAAGAGCAAUUUUUGUUUGUUUGGCGACAACGACAUCGAGAGACGAGGCGGAAGAGAGAGCACAGAGCAGCGACGAUUUUGAUUCGGACGAGUCCAAGGCUUCUAUUUCAUCAAGGCUGAAAAUGCAGGAAAUGAAUUGGUUCUAAUUUUAUGAAAAUUGAGAAAACCCUUAUUAAGAAAAAGCUUUUUGGCUAUUCCACCUUAUGGGUGACCAAAGAAGAGCCAUUUGGAGAUCUAGGGGAGGGCAUUCUUUUUCUUGGCAAUCUUAGGGGAAAGAGAGAGGAAGUUUUUCCAAACUUCAGAGUCAGCUGGCUGAACUCAUGGGCGAUAAGUACAAUUUAUUUAUGGUGGAGGAACCCAAUUCUGAAGGACCAGACCCGCGGUGGACCCCGUGUCAGUUUUGGUAUGCUGGGUAAAGAGGUUUCAGAACCCGGCCCAGCAACACUACGGCAAUAUGUGAUUGCUCUAUUGUUAUUUGUUCUCACUAUUGGUUCCUCGGUGGAGCUAGGAAUUGCAUCUCAGGAAGUUGGGCAUUUUUUUGCUGCUUUCCCAAAGAAAGUAAAACUAAGCAUUCCAUUCUUCAUUCCUAAUAUUACUCUUGGAAGCUUCGGUGCAAUUACUCAGUUCAAAUCUAUUCUCCUUGACCAAAAGACAAAAGUUGAUAUUUCCUUUGCGGUUCCUUUUGCUGGUGCGACAUUGUCUUUUUCUAUGUUUGCUGUUGGCUUGCUGCUUUCAUCAAACCCAAAUGCUGCAGGGGAUUUGGUGCAGGUUCCUAGCAUGCUAUUUCAAGGUUCUUUGCUUCUUGGAUUAAUAAGCAGAGCCACUUUAGGUUAUGCAGCAAAUGCAUACAGCCACAGUUUGGGUCCAUCCUCUUGUAAUUUCUGGCUGGUGUGGGUUAACUAUGUCAGCUUUUAGUAUGCUUCCUGUGGGAUGUCUUGAUGGUGGAAGAGCUAUACAGGUAUCCUUUUGCUUUUAUUGUUUGGUGAAGUAUUGAGGCUUAUGGUAAAUCAGGAAGCAUGAAGGAGCUUGGACAAGAUAAACUUUAUUUUUAUAUUUUAGGCAUGAAGUAUUGCUUUUAUUGUUUGAUGAAGUAUUGAGGUUUAUGGUAAAUCAGAAAGCAUGGAGGAGCUUGGACAAGACACAUAUAAUCAUUAAAAUUUAUUUUUAUAUAUUAAGAUACGAAAAAAUCAUUACAAAGACUCAAAAAGAUAAAAUAUAGUCUUCUUGUUUUAUAGUUUAGUAAUAAUCAAGGCAUAAUCCAUUGAUAUUUGAUAAUGAAAUGAUUAUUUGAUAGCAAGACACAAAUUAUUGAAAAAAAUUAGAGAAAAAAUUAAGGUAAAAUUGUUCAAUUAAAUUAUGAUAAAGAAAGUGCAAACAAAAUUAACUAAGGGAAAAAAUUUGGUUAAAGUUAUUCAAUUAAAAUAUGAUAAAGAGAGUGGGCAAAAAAAUUAAGAUAAAGUUAUUUAUUCUAUUAAAAUCUUGACAUGUGACUAUGUUUGGAUUCAUUAUAUAAUAUAUAUUUAAAUAUAUUUCAAUUUGUUUGGACUAAUUAUAUAAAAUUUUAAUUGGGCCUAAUAAUGAUUAUAUAUAAAUUUUUUCAAUUGGGCCUAACAAGAUUUUUUAAAGGGGAAUUUACUGGUAAGUCUCAUACACGUAGUUUAAAAUCCAUCUAAUCCUAAAAGAAAAUAUUUGCACCAAUUAGUCCUACAUAUUUUUAAUUAUUACCAUAAAAUCUUAAUUUUCUUUUAAAAACAUUUAAAGACGCUGCUACAUCCACCACCGUCGGACUUUGGUCAGAUAGUCACCAGAGACUUGCCGGAAUGUUUAACAUCACCGGGAAGUUACCAGAGUAUCACCGGAGUGUUUUGAAUGUCACCGAAAUGUUUAGAACGUUCGCUGGACAUCAAGAAUAUCACCGGAGACUCACCAAAAUGUCCAGAAUAUUGCAAAAAAAAAAAAAGAAGAAUAAAUUGA